GCAAGAGAGUGAGAUCCUGUCUCAAAAAAAGAAUUUCCCAUAUAUGGAAAAUUUCUGAACAGAGGAGUUAAGUUAAAGGUGUGGUUCAGUGGAGAGAAGGGGGAAUGAUUUUCUGGCUGACCAUGAUAGAAAACUCCUUUCCAGCCCUUACCUACGAUUAGAGAUUGAAGCACCUAUCAGGUAACAAAUCUCUUAGAGAAGUGUGUCUCUACCUUUAAUGUAUUAUACCUAUACCUGGGGAUCUGGUUAAAAUACAGAUUAGGAUUCAAGGGUCUGGGAUUCUGUAUUUCUAAUGAGCUCCCAGGUAUGCUGCUAGUUCAUGAACCACACUUUGAGUAGCAAUUCUAGAGGUUAGGGAAGGCUUCUCUAGCAAAGAUGCUUGAGCUGAGAGCUGAAGGAUGAGGGAAAUGUGACUAAGAAGCUUUUUAGGUGCAGGAACCAGCUUGUUCAAAGGCCUUGUGGCACUGGGAAAACUAGAGGAAGGUCUGUGGCUGGAAAGCAGAGAGUUUGGGGAAAUAAGUGAGAAGGAACUACAGAGCACAUAUGACCCGGCAUGCAGAACUAUGUAUGAGGUAUCUAGAGUUUUAAUAUUCACCUUGGCAGUGAGGAGACACCACUGAAGGCUGCUUAGCAGGGAAGGCACACGAUCAGAUCUGCAUUUUGAAAAGAUCAUUCCAUCUGCACUAUAAAUGACAUAUGGGUGGCAGGGAUGUAUAAACAAAGUGGAAGCAGAAUGUCAGUUAGGAAUUAGGGAGCCAAAGUGAUCUUUCCAACAGGUAGUUUGUCCAUUACUGGUAGAGAUGGAGAGAUGUGGGAUAUCUGAGAAUAUAUAGGAGGUAAAAUGGACAGAAUUUUGUAAAUGAUUCAACAUGGGUAAGGAAGAAAAAGCUUUAAGGCCUAUUGCCUGAGCAUCUGGAAGCAAUGCGAUGUUGAGGGUGCCAUUCACUGCAGAAAGAAGCAGUGGAGGACAACCAAGUUAUAGGGGGAAGGCACGAGUUUGGUCUUGAACAUACCGAGUUGGAGGUCCCUGUGAGUCAUCCAAGGUGAAGGUCAGAUAAGAGGUGGGUCUGGAGCUCAGAACAGAGGUGGAAGCUGGAGUUGUCAGUUUGGGCAUCAGGUUUGUAUUGUUUGUAUGGGUGGUGAUUGAAGCUGCGGGCAUGGGUGAGAUCCCAAGGUGGAGAGUGUGAAAUGAGAGAAGGGCCUAGGGCUGUCUCUAGGAUUCCAGACACUGAACGAUGGUGUCUAAAUGAUACAGACAGGAAUGGCCCUAGAAGCCAGCACCACCAGCCUUGUCACUACCAAUAACAGACCCUUCCUGCAGUUGCUUCACCCCGCUGAACUUCAACCACUGCCUCAAGAACCAGGACUAUAAUGGCCUGCCCAUGCUCAGCACCAAUGCCAUGACCUGGAAGAUGGUUUCUGCAGUGGAGAAAAGGGGAGCAGAAGGGACUUAGCAGCCAAGGAAGACAGUGUUUAGAGAAAGAGGGGGUCAACAGUGCCAAAUGCUGUUGAGAAAUGGAGAUUCAACCAGGAUGGGAGUGGUGAAACCUAGGGAAGUGAUCUCCUUGUAGAGGACUGAAGCUAGCUAGGGCUGAAUACAGGGCCAAGCCAGUCUUCCAUAUGCAUAAGUUGGACUGCAGUAGCCAGCUUAUAUGUCCGUCUCCCUGGAGUAAUGGUUUCCAAGGUGGACCUUGUCUACCCUAUUAACCUUAAAGUCAAGUGCAAGUCCUAAAACGUAGGAGACACUUAAAUUUUACUGAUUAGUGAAUGAGUGGAUGAAUGAAUGAAUGAGUGAUGGCAAAUGAUUGGAAGCAGAGGAAGAAUCUCUGGCAUCUGCCUGGACUAGCUACUAUCCUUCAGCUUUUUUUCCUUUUUACCGCAAUGGCCCGCAGACCCAGGAAAGAGACGACAGAGCCCCCUUCCCCUCCCUCCCCUGGGCCCUGGCCCCCCUUCCUCUCUGUGACGAAGAGUCUGGACCGAAGGUUCUGCUGACGUGGGAAGGGGAGGAGAGUCUAGAGGAAGGGGAGGGGAAAGCAGCGCAGGGAUCGCAGAGACCGAGGAGGCGCCUGCGGCUGCAGAGCUGCAGAGCGGGAUCUCUUCGGGUUCUCUGUGUCGGGGCAGCCGGCACGCAACUGGGCCAGAGGACAGCGCAUCCUUUCGGGGCAGGCCGGCAGGGGCCCUGCGGUCGGCAAGCUGGCUCCCCGGGUGGCUACUGGGACCCCCGAGCCCAAUGGCGGGGGCGGCGGCAAAAUCGACAACACUGUAGAGAUCACCCCCACCUCCAACGGACAGGUCGGGACCCUCGGAGAUGCGGUGCCCACGGAGCAGCUGCAGGGUGAGCGGGAGCGCGAGCGGGAGGGGGAGGGCGACGCGGGCGGCGACGGACUGGGCAGCAGCCUGUCGCUGGCCGUGCCCCCCGGCCCCCUCAGCUUUGAGGCUCUGCUCGCCCAGGUGGGGGCGCUGGGCGGCGGCCAGCAGCUGCAGCUCGGCCUCUGCUGCCUGCCGGUGCUCUUCGUGGCGCUGGGCAUGGCCUCGGACCCCAUCUUCACGCUGGCGCCUCCGCUGCAUUGCCAUUACGGGGUCUUCCCCCCCAAUGCCACUGGCUGGGAGCAGCCCCCCAAUGCCAGCGGCGUCAGCGUCGCCAGCGCGGCCCUAGCAGCUAGCGCCGCCAGCCGUGUUGCCACCAGUACCGACCCCUCGUGCAGCGGCUUCGCACCGCCGGACUUCAACCAUUGCCUCAAGGAUUGGGACUAUAAUGGCCUGCCGGUGCUCACCACCAACGCCAUCGGCCAGUGGGAUCUGGUGUGUGACCUGGGCUGGCAGGUGAUCCUGGAGCAGAUCCUCUUCAUCUUGGGCUUUGCCUCCGGCUACCUGUUCCUGGGUUACCCCGCAGACAGGUUUGGCCGUCGUGGGAUUGUGUUGCUGACCUUGGGGCUGGUGGGUCCCUGUGGAGUAGGAGGGGCUGCUGCAGGCUCCUCCACAGGCGUGAUGGCACUCCGAUUCCUCCUCGGCUUUCUGCUUGCCGGUGUUGACCUGGGUGUCUACCUAAUGCGCCUGGAGCUGUGCGACCCAACACAGAGGCUUCGGGUGGCCCUGGCAGGGGAGUUGGUGGGGGUGGGAGGGCACUUCCUGUUCCUGGGCCUGGCCCUUGUCUCUAAGGAUUGGCGAUUCCUGCAGCGAAUGAUCACCGCUCCCUGCAUCCUCUUCCUGUUUUAUGGCUGGCCUGGUCUGUUCCUGGAGUCCGCGCGGUGGCUGAUAGUGAAGCGGCAGAUCGAAGAGGCUCAGUCUGUGCUGAGGAUCCUGGCUGAGCGAAACCGGCCCCAUGGGCAGAUGCUAGGGGAGGAAGCCCAGGAGGCCCUGCAGGACCUGGAGAAUACCUGCCCUCUCCCUGCAACAUCCUCCUUUUCCUUCGCUUCCCUCCUCAACUACCGCAACAUCUGGAAAAAUCUACUUAUCCUGGGCUUCACCAACUUCAUUGCCCAUGCCAUUCGCCACUGCUACCAGCCUGUGGGAGGAGGAGGGAGCCCAUCAGACUUCUACCUGUGCUCUCUGCUGGCCAGCGGCACCGCAGCCCUGGCCUGUGUCUUCCUGGGUGUUACCGUGGACCGAUUUGGCCGCCGGGGCAUCCUUCUUCUCUCCAUGACCCUGACCGGCAUUGCUUCCCUCGUCCUGCUGGGCCUGUGGGAUUAUCUGAAUGAGGCUGCCGUCACCACUUUCUCUGUCCUUGGGCUCUUCUCCUCCCAAGCUGCCGCCAUCCUCAGCACCCUCCUUGCUGCUGAAGUCAUCCCCACCACUGUUCGGGGCCGUGGCCUAGGCCUGAUCAUGGCACUGGGGGCGUUGGGGGGGCUGAGCGGCCCGGCCCAGCGCCUCCACAUGGGCCAUGGAGCCUUCCUGCAGCACGUGGUACUGGCAGCCUGCGCCCUCCUCUGCAUUCUCAGCAUUAUGCUGCUGCCGGAGACCAAGCGCAAGCUCCUGCCCGAGGUCCUCCGGGAUGGGGAGCUGUGUCGCCGGCCUUCCCUGCUGCGACAGCCACCCCCUAACCGCUGUGACCAUGUCCCGCUGCUUGCCACCCCCAACCCUGCCCUCUGAGUGGCCUCUGAGUACCCUGACGGGAGGCUGGCCCACACAGAAAGGUGGCAAGAUCGGGAAGACUGAGUAGGGAAGGGAGGGCUGCCCAGAAGGCUCAGAGGUACCUCACACCAGCCAUCGUGGAGAGCUCAGAGGGCUGCCCCCACCCUGCCUCCUCCCUGCUGCUUUGCGUUCACUUCCCUGGCCAGAGUCAGGGGACAGGGAAAGAGCUCCACACUGUAACCACUGGGUCUGGGCUCCAUCCUGCACCCAAAGACAUCCUCCCAGACCUCAUUCUUUCUUGCUUUGUCAUUCUGUUUCAAUAAAGACAUUUGGAAUAAAUGAGCAUAUCAUAGCCUGGA